AUGACUACGGAUAACGCUAAGGCGCAACUGACCUCGUCUUCAGGGGGUAACAUUAUUGUGGUGUCCAACAGACUUCCCGUGACAAUUACUAAGAACAGCAGUACGGGUCAGUACGAGUAUGCAAUGUCGUCCGGGGGGCUGGUUACAGCGUUGGAAGGGUUGAAGAAGACUUACACAUUUAAGUGGUUCGGAUGGCCCGGGCUGGAGAUUCCUGACGAUGAGAAGGAUCAGGUGAGGAAGGACUUGCUGGAGAAGUUUAAUGCGGUACCCAUCUUCUUGAGCGACGAAAUCGCGGACUUACACUACAACGGGUUCAGUAACUCUAUCCUAUGGCCGCUAUUCCACUACCAUCCUGGUGAGAUCAAUUUUGACGAGAAUGCAUGGUUGGCGUACAACGAGGCUAACCAGACGUUCACCAACGAGAUUGCUAAGACUAUGAACCAUAAUGAUUUGAUUUGGGUGCAUGACUACCAUUUGAUGUUGGUCCCAGAAAUGUUGAGAAUCAAGAUUCAUGAGAGGCAACUGCAAAACGUUAAGGUCGGGUGGUUCCUGCAUACGCCAUUCCCUUCAAGUGAAAUUUACAGAAUCUUACCUGUCAGACAAGAGAUUUUGAAAGGUGUCUUGAGUUGUGAUUUGGUCGGGUUCCAUACAUACGAUUACGCAAGACAUUUCCUGUCCUCUGUACAAAGAGUGCUUAAUGUGAAUACAUUACCCAAUGGGGUGGAAUACCAGGGCAGGUUUGUUAAUGUGGGGGCCUUCCCUAUCGGUAUCGACGUGGACAAGUUCACCGAUGGGUUGAAAAAGGAAUCCGUGCAGAAGAGAAUCCAGCAACUAAAAGAAACUUUUAAAGGCUGUAAGAUCAUAGUUGGUGUCGACAGACUGGAUUAUAUCAAAGGUGUGCCUCAGAAGUUGCACGCCAUGGAAGUGUUCCUGAACGAACAUCCAGAAUGGAGAGGCAAGGUUGUUCUUGUACAGGUCGCAGUGCCAAGUCGUGGAGACGUGGAAGAGUACCAAUAUUUAAGGUCUGUGGUCAAUGAGUUAGUCGGCAGAAUAAACGGUCAGUUUGGUACCGUGGAAUUUGUCCCCAUCCAUUUCAUGCACAAGUCCAUACCAUUUGAAGAGCUGAUUUCCCUAUACGCUGUGAGCGAUGUCUGUUUGGUUUCGUCCACUCGUGAUGGUAUGAACUUGGUUUCCUACGAAUACAUUGCUUGCCAAGAAGAAAAGAAGGGUUCUUUGAUCCUGAGUGAAUUCACAGGUGCCGCACAAUCUUUGAACGGUGCUAUCAUUGUAAAUCCCUGGAACACUGACGAUCUGUCCGAUGCCAUCAACGAAGCUUUGACUUUGCCCGAUGUAAAGAAAGAAGUUAACUGGGAAAAACUUUACAAAUACAUUUCUAAAUAUACUUCUGCUUUCUGGGGUGAAAAUUUUGUCCACGAAUUAUACAGCACAUCAUCAAGUUCAACAAGCUCUUCUGCUAUUAAAAACUGA